AUGAGCAGAAAAGAAGCAUUGUCACAAUUCAUUCAACAAAUUCAUGGAAGGCCUGUAGUUGUAAAACUCAACAGUGGAGUAGAUUACAGAGGUGUUUUGGCUUGCCUUGAUGGUUACAUGAACAUAGCAUUGGAACAAACGGAAGAAUACGUAAACGGUCAAUUAAAAAAUAAAUACGGUGAUGCUUUCAUAAGAGGCAACAACGUUUUAUAUAUAAGCACGCAAAAAAGAAGAAUUUAG